AUGGCACUUUCCCGUAGAGGUCGUGAUGCUCUCGCCUAUGUAGGUUGUGAAACAACCAUUGUCAACAGUGGCAUAGCAAUGCGUGCUCGAAUGAUACACGAGCUGAACUGUACCAAACAUCCUAUCCCUUAUGGUACUCGCGCAGAUCACGAAAUCUUGUCGAUUGAUCGUCGUACUCUCAACGAACUGCUAUUAAAUGAAGCUAGUAAACGAUCGAAUAUUACUAUUCAUUUUCAGCACAAGUUUAUCGGUUGGGAUGAGGACCAGAAGAUCGCUAGUUUUCACGAUGCAUCAGGCAAUCGAGUUGACUUUCGUGUCGAUGUCGUGAUCGGCUACGAUGGGUGUCAUUCAGCCGUACGAACAGCAAUGAUGAAAAUUGAUGCAAUUAAUGUCGCUCAAGAAUAUUUUGAAACCUAUUACAUGGAAUUUUGUAUUCCACCUAAAAAUGAUCAGUUUGUUAUGGAACCCAAUUAUCUUCAUAUUUGGCCACGCCAUCAAUUUAUGCUCAUCGCUCUACCGAAUCAAGACAAAUCUUUCACGACAACACUCUUCUCACCAAUUUCGAUCUUUCGAACAUUGGAAACGGCCGAUGAUGUCUUGACGUUUUUUCGUCAAUACUUUCCAGAUGCAGUAUCAUUCAUUGGCGCGAACGAGAUCAUCGAGACAUAUUUCUCAUCGAAGCCUCAACCAUUGAUCUCCACCAAAUGUGAACCGCAUACAACAUACAAUGGUGAUAUGCUUCUCAUGGGUGAUGCUGCUCAUUCAAUGGCACCCUUUUAUGCUCAAGGCAUGAAUUCAGCAUUCGAAGAUUGUCUUGUUCUCUUUGACAAAUUAAAAGAGAAUAAUUUCGAUUUUCCAAAAGCAUUUUCUGCUUACAAUCGUCCAUUACGAAUACAUAAACAAAUUUCAAUUGAAUAUCUUGAUUCUAAUGAAAUGAUUAAUUAUUUCGAUGAUAUAUCAACAUAA